CUAUUUACUACUCCCAUCGCCUCAACAUCAGUCCAGCUUCUUACCAACGUGCCACCGAUAUCCGGCCUUGCCACCACGUCCGAUUCGUUAAUCAACCUUGGAAUGUCGCAUUCUGAUGGCGCCCCUGUCGCUGUGGCAACGGUGGCCACUGUUCCUUCCCUGUCUGAUUCACCCGGUGCUUUUGUGGCGGAGGAAUUCGGCGGUACAGCGCCAGCUCUUGUUGCCACGACAACAGCAAAAAGGGUUGUCAACUCGCCGAGGCCCAUAGCCUGCGCUCAGUGUCAACGCAGCAUCGGACCACGUGACCUUGUGCUGCGAACUCAGCGGACUGGCAACUCGUGUGGUGUCUUUCAUGCCGCAUGCUUCGUCUGUAGUCACUGUGGUUACCGCCUGCGACCCGGAGACCGCUACGGUCUGCGGCACGGUCGACCCGUGUGUCUGUCCCACUUGGCCGGCAACAGGAUCAGCUACAUGGCAGGAGUGCCAGGACUUCAGCUCAGCUGUCCGGUAUUCGAAUCUGUCGAUGAAGUGGCCGAGGAUCAGGAGUCGAACCGUUUCAGACAAAAGAUGAAGAUUGAAACGAAUUUGCCAGUUGGCAAUACCGGAUCGACGAGAGUCUUGAAAUGGGAUGACAAUGAUGCUGGGAAGGAGGAUGAAGAGGAGGAUGAAGAGGAGGAUGAAGUGGAAGAGGAGAAAAUAGUUGACGGUCUUGGGGAACUUGCAGGAGAUAGAUAUGAAGACGCAGCAUUGGAAGAGGCGAAUGAGAGGGAGGAAGAAGAAGAAGAAGAAGAAGUAGAAGAGGCGGAAGAAGAGGAAGAGGAAGGAGAAGACGAGUCGAGUGAGCUGAAGAAAAGGCAGAGUGAAGCUGCAGAUUCUGAUGACGCAAAGGGGCAAAUGGAGAGGCCAGUUGAGGAAGAAAAGAGGACGGCCAGGAAGAGGGAAAGAAGAAAGGAGACAAAGUUGAAAAUGGGUGCAGAAAAAGUGGACAAGGACGAGAAAGAAAAGAAGGCUGAGCAGAAUGAAGAAAGGGAGGACGAUGAAGAUGGUGAGAAGCAGCCAGAAACUAAUCACGUGCUGCUAGAAGCAUUCCGACUUAAACUAAAAGAAGAACGGUUACUAAGGCACGAGAAAUGGAGCAACGGAAAAAAAGGGUACAAUGACCAGACAUCAAUGCUUCAUGAGCAUGAGUCAUGUUUCAGUGAGGAUAAUCAUUCAAAAGAAGUUAAUUCAGCAUAUUUCAUCAAUGCCUAUCAUGAAGAAAAGUCAGAUAAUAUUGUAAUCAUUGAAAAAAGAGAUGAAAUCACGGACGACUGGGACUCGAAGGCGGAACUUUUAGGGGAAUCAGUGCAUCAUAUGAAAUUUGUCAGCGGUGAAGCGGCCCAUCAGAAGAGGCAACUUUCAAUUGAGUCGUCCGCUACCAUUACCGGUGAUUUUGGUACAUUUAUGGUAAAACGAGAGGCUGCUAACGGAGUGGAAGGCGAUGAAGAAAACGGAGAUGGUCUCGUGCUUCGGAGAUUUUUGGGAGCAGUGGAUCAUGCUGACUUGAAAAAGGUACGGGUAUCUAAAACUGUUUAA